AUGCCACUACACACACGUAAUUACACCAUAUUGCACACACACCUGCAAGAAGUAAACAUAAACAGCCACCCCACGGCGCGGCAGGCGGUGAUUGGGGAUGUCAGAAACGAAAAUGGUAGUAACCCUUUAGUCUCUUGUUCCCCCGUCAAGCAGCAACUACACACACGCGAACAUUCAAUCCCACGUCUGGGAACGAGUCAACUUCGACAGAAACAACAACAUCACUGUCAUCAGGAGGUGAUGGCGACGGCAUGUCUUGGUUGCAUCAUCUUGGAGUGGCGCAUCGGCAACAAGGAAUGGAAUCUAUCUCCAGGUCAUUUUAUGUCAAUAUUUAUGUUGUCUGUGUAUACGUGUUGCUUCUCACCGCUUUUUUCUCCAGUUGAAUUCGGAUCUGUAAAUCACAUAAGGUUCCUAUCGAUCUCCUCACAUCGGUUAUCAUCUUUACCCUCCUUCUCUACAUGCUCCGUUGAUGAGUUCGUCGGCGUCUACACGCCUUCUCUCAGGAGGAGGCGAUGGAAACUGGUGUAUACGCGGAUAUCUCUACUUCUCUUUGUUGAUGAUUCUCACGAAAUCAGUUCCCUCUUCACGCCUAAGAGGUUGGCAAAAAAAAACCCUAUUUAUGGGUUUGGGUCUUUUUUGGUUCUUCCUUCACCGAUUUCCGUCUGUUCCCGCCGUUCAUUACUGAUUUGGGCGUGA